AUGUCAUCCGUCGAGCAUGGUGCUAACUCCGCUUCCCGCAAGAUCCUCGCCCUCCACCAGAAGGAAGUUGACGAGAAGACAAACCACCACGAGAAGAUUCAUGGUGUAGAUCCACUCCACACAUCACACAAGGAAAUCCAAGUCAAGAAGGCUCCAGUUGCUCAUGGCCACGCAGGCCAAGGCAAGCCAGCAGCUGCUCCAGCUGGUGAUGGUGCAAAGGCUCCUGCUGCUGCUGCUCCAGCAGACAAGAAACCAGCAGAUAAGAAGAAAUAA